GAGAGCUGCUGCUGUUGGGUUGAGAGAGGCUAGAAGGGYAAAAAAAACUAGACAAAAACUAGACAAAGGGGGAAAAAGUGAUCCAACUUAUCAGAAAUGACGAGGAUCAGAUGAAUCAUGGAGCGUCAGGGCAGCUGUUUUGACUCUGCUGGUCUGGAUCCAAGCAGGGACAGAGGAAAGACAGAGUAGAGGUGAGCAGACAGGGCUUGCCUGAACAAGAAAAGGAAGAAAACUGAAGCCACGCAGAGUUUAACCCACAGGAAGUCGGCGAGACGCUGAAAUGAGUGAAAAGAAACCAAGAGAAGAGCUUCAGGUUGUUCAAACUGAGAGCAAUCCCAGGAGGGUCAGAGGGAGGAAAUCUGAAAUCACAGAGGKAGGCAGCAGAUAGCAACGUGAGUGCUGUGACAGGUAGAGGAGGCAGCAGGAGAGGACAGAAGGUAUGAGGUCACAUCUGCUCACUUGGAUGAUCACGCUCAUGGUUUUGGGGAUCCUGCUGACCACUUUCAUCUGGCUCAUCUUGGACAGUGUGGAAACUCCCAACCAGCCUAAGAGGAUAAGCAUCCCUCAGUCCCUUGCUUCGUGUAAAGACUGCAGGGAGGAUAUAAAGAAAGCUUUGCUGCUUUACCCUCAAACCUGGAAGAAGAAUCAGGCAAAUUAUCAAAAAUUCAGGUCUAUGGUGAGCAACAAGUGUCACGGCUCAGAGAAGGCCAUCAUAACGCAGACCAACACGCCUCUGGGAACCAAACUGGUCUACGACGGGGAGAAGAAGAGGAGCCUCCAGGUCAACCAGGAGAUUUUCAGCACUUUUCCAAAAGGUUCUCUCUUGUCCAAUAAAACCUUGCAGACAUGUGCUGUCGUUGGAAACGGUGGGAUCCUGGUGAACAGCAGCUGUGGAAAAUCCAUCGAUUCAGUUCAGUUUGUCAUCAGGUGUAACCUACCUCCUUUAUCAAARGGAUAUGAGAAACAUGUUGGCAUCAAGACAGACCUCGUGACAGCGAACCCCAGCAUCCUCAUAGAAAAGUACACCGCUCUGAACGGACGUCGACGCUCAUUUGUAGAGAAUCUGCGCAGCUAUGGGGACGCCAUGCUGCUCCUUCCCGCCUUCUCCUAUGGCCGAAACACUCCCGUUUCUCUGCGGGCCCUCUACACCGUCGAGGACUUUGGAAGUCCUGUCCGAGCGAUUUUCUUCAACCCGGGGUACCUCCAGAGCCUAGCCCACUUCUGGCGCUCUCAGGGCCUGAGGGCAGCGCGGCUCAGCACGGGCAUCAUCAUGACCAGCCUGGCGCUGGAGAUCUGUGAGAACGUGAACCUGUARGGGUUCUGGCCCUUCGACAUUCACCCAUACAGCCACCAAGACCUGACAAAUCACUAUUACGACGACAGGAAAACUAAAGUGAAGGUCCACGCCAUGCCGGACGAGUUCAACUUCCUGCUGCAGCUGCACAGCCGAGGGGUGCUCAGGCUGCAUCUGGGCAGCUGUGAACCAGACGASAACUAGUCCCAUCAAACAUAUAAAGUGCCUUUUUGAUUUCUUUCUUGUGCAGCUUUUGGAUGAAUCCAAUCACAAAGAUGUAAUUUUUUUUAUUGAACUGUGUGGCAACCUGGCAACAGCCUCAAAACAUGCACUACAAUCAAACUCCAGCAAUCACUCGAUAAGAAGAAUCUAUUAAAAAUCACUCCUGCAGAGUAUUUAUAGCUCCAUUAUCAGCUUCAGUAUGGAAAAAAAAACAUUUUGGCUUAACAAAACAUGGCUUUAAAGAUACUCAGUGUAAAGUCAUAAAUAUGUGGUACCAAGUGUAAAACAACACAUUUCCAUUWUUUAUCUCACUUUCUGAGUGUAAAAUUCUAGUUUAAAAAAAUUCUACAUUUAGCUCACUGUUCUACAUUUUACUAAUUCAAAGUAAAUGUUCAUUUUAAAUGUUAAAUGUUAUAUCUAAAUGUUGAAUCCAAAAUAUAAAAGCAAAAAUUAAAUCUUAAAUAUUGUG